UUUCUUUGUUUGACCCAAAACGACACGCAUUAGAAGGUGAAGCUGUCCAUGUGGCUUCAUUUUACGGUUACGCUCAUAAGAAAAGACGGCCGAUUCUUAACGACUCUCAACACUGAAGAACCAAAAUACAUUUGGCGGGCAAUUUCGAUCCUUCGUCGGAGAGUGUUUUUAAGUUCAAAUAUUUCAGAGUAACGUCAAUGGCGGCCGGUUUCGGCACUCAGGCCAAUGCUUUACUCAGAAAGAACUUAACUUUCCAGAAACGAAAUGUGAAGGCGAAUAUUCGACUUGUUGCCUUUCCUAUUGUCCUCUGCCUAUUAAUUUUGGCCAUCCAAAUUCUUCUUGAUAAGGUAGUAAGCAAUAACGAUGACAAUAAGUGUGGUUGUAUUUGUGUCAGAAGAAAUGGAGAUGAAUGUGAAGAGGAAAGAUGUGGGAUAGAGCACUCAAAUUUGAAUCAAGCAGUUUUUUGUCGCAUUCCUAAUCCUCCAGAAUGGCCACCAUUAUUACAGAUACCAGCACCUGAAUAUCGUGCCGUGAGAAACGAUUUUAUGACAUUUACAGACUUGCCAAAUGAAUCAUGCAAAAUUAAUGGUUCCUGUCCAGCGAUUUUCCUUCUAACUGGAAACAAUCGUUCUUUUGGAGAAAUAUUGGGUGAGAAUAUGUUGCCGAACACUUUUAGUAUAAAUCCCUCAAAUCUUAUAGGUAGUUUGGCCAGCAAUGUCGCAGGGUCAGAAUCGGAGCCGGGUACAAGUCAAUUUCUUGAUUCUGCUUUUUUUUUCGGAUCUUCCAAUAUAUAGUGUUCAAAGUCGGUGCACAUCAAAUUCUACUAUUUCUGCUCGAGUUCAGUUGUCUUCCAUUAAUAUUACACAAGAGAUAAGAUGUCUGCAAGGUUUAAAUCUGUGGCGCACUAGCUCUUCAGAGAUAAAUGAUGAGAUAUAUAAAGGUUAUUUGAAAGGGAACUCGGAAGAAAAGAUUAAUGAGAUAAUUGCAG